CGAGUAUUCGCAAGGCCGAGAUGGCGACCAACCCAAACCCUGCACUAUACGAACAAUCGCGGGAUGUGCCGCUAUACCAGAAAUAGAGCGGAAAGUUAUAAAAGCAGCCCCUACUGAGAAAUAUACGGUGCUCGAGUUGUGCUCGGUAAAGAUUACUUGAUAGACCUCUUGAAUAUAUACGGUAUCAACAUGAUGCUCGCUCUUGCAAUAACCCUAACCGCCCUCCUCUUCUCCCUCACAACAAAAGUUCCCCCCUUCGACUCUUGGCCCUCCCGCAGAAUCAAACUCCCAGAGGUCCUUAUCCAUCUGAAAUACCACGGUACCGGGCCGCCCCUCGUCCUUCUCCAUGGGCAGCCACAACACUCCUUAACUUGGCACACAAUUGCUCCCCUCCUCGCACGGGACUACACGGUGAUAGUCCCAGAUGGGCGCGGUGCUGGCGCCUCCGGAAUUCCCUAUCCAGAAAAGUACACGGCGGAAGCGCUGGCAAAGGACCUGGACGGGAUCCUAACGGCCCUGAACAUCAGUGGUAAAACAUUCAUCGUAGGCCACGACCUCGGGAGCAAAGCCGCCGCAGCCUACGCCCACCUACACCCUGAGAAAGUGGCUCGAUUAGUAGUGUCUGAAUUCGCACUUCCCGGCUUUGGAUUCGAGGGCUUUAUGGUGCCGGAUGCACACGGGUCGUUAAACAGCAACUGGCACUUAUCCCUAUUCACGGUCCCCGACGCUGCGAUGUUCCUGUUGGAGGGUCGGGAGCGGAAGCUGUUGCAGUGGUUCUUCUGGCACGCGGCUUACUCCGGAUCGGCCGUUAGCCCCGAGCACUUGGAGCGGUACGUGUAUGAGUACACCAAGCCUGGGUACCUUCGCUCUGCGAUCGGAUGGUAUUCAUCGGUUCUGGAGGAUGCGGUGUUUUUCGAGAGGGUACUCAAUGGAUCCAAGAUUGAAGCGCCGGUACUGUACCUGGGUGGCGAGGCAAGCGCCCCGGGCGAAUUGGCCAAGCCGUAUUGGGAGAAGGUUGCGAAGAGUGUCACUGCUGUUACGAUACCUGAGGGUGGGCAUUGGAUUGGGGAUGAGAAUCCGGGGUUUGUCGCCGAACAGAUUGGAGAGUUUUUUGGGGAAGUUAGAGAGGGUGUGCCAGCGGCGGGUCUUGUGAAUUAGAGGACGGGUGUUUCUUAUACAGUGUGUUCUAGGGCUGGGGAAUUGAGGAAUUUAGUGGGCCCUGUUCUAAAGC